AUGGCAUCCACUACUGGAACAAUGCGUGGGACACCAAGUCGCAGCGGUCAAGCCCGUGGUCAACUGCCUGUCUUUAGCAAUAGUCCUGCGUCGAAUAUCCCUCGACCCGCUCAAGAUUCUCAUGCGACGCAUGCAACGACUUCAACUACACAAAGUGAAGUUGGCGGAUCCAGUAUGAGUGCAAGCAGAGCAAAACAAUCCAAGAGGGAUGAGGCCAUCCGGCGGAAGAUCGAGACUGAUCUCAGUAAGAAGAGUAAGACGACAGGUCGUGCUCGACAGACAAGAAAAGCCCCGCCAGGAACGGUUCUCGCUCUUCGACCAAGUCAAGCACUCCAGAUAAAACCCAAUACCACUGUGGCAGAGGCUGCACAGUUGAUGGCAGCAAAGAGAGAAGAUUGUGUCUUAGUUACCGACGAUGACGACCGCAUUGCAGGCAUUUUCACUGCCAAAGAUUUGGCUUUCCGAGUUGUUGGAGCAGGAAUCAAGGCCGCCAAUAUCACAAUAGCUGAGAUUAUGACCAAGAACCCGCUCUGCGCCAGGACCGAUACAAGCGCUACCGAUGCCUUGGACUUGAUGGUUAGAAAGGGAUUUCGUCAUUUGCCAGUCAUGGACGAGAACCAAGAUAUUUCGGGUAUUCUUGAUAUCACAAAGUGCUUUUACGAUGCUAUGGAAAAGUUGGAGCGGGCUUAUAGUUCUUCGAGAAAACUUUACGAUGCUUUAGAAGGUGUUCAGUCGGAAUUGGGGUCCAGUCAACCGCAACAAAUUAUUCAAUAUGUGGAGGCACUCCGAUCCAAGAUGUCCGGGCCUACUUUAGAAUCCGUCCUUACUGGAAUUCCACCUACAACCGUCACUGUACGAACAUCCGUUAAGGAGGCCGCUGCUUUGAUGAAGGAAAAUCAUACCACGGCUGUUCUUGUUCAAGAUGGAGGAUCAAUUACUGGUAUUUUUACAAGUAAAGAUGUUGUUUUACGUGUUAUCGCACCAGGAUUGGACCCCUCCAACUGCUCUGUUGUACGUGUCAUGACCCCGCACCCGGAUUUUGCUCCUAUGGAUAUGAGUAUUCAAGCAGCGCUGAGAAAGAUGCAUGAUGGUCACUACUUGAAUUUGCCAGUCAUGAACGAUCAAGGCGAAAUCGUUGGAAUGGUUGAUGUUCUCAAACUUACAUACGCCACAUUGGAGCAAAUCAACACCAUGCAGACAGGUGAAAGCGAUAGCGGUCCAGCAUGGAAUAAGUUUUGGAUGUCUCUUGAGCAUGAAACUGAAUCAAUGGUGUCUGGCGAGGGAAGUCAUCAUCACACCACUGGUGGCCGAUCUUUAAUGUCCCCAGAUAUGUCACGAGGUCAUGAACGUCAAGUUGAUGCUAGCGUUGCCCCUAAUGAUUCCGCUUCUCACGUUGGUCUAGAUUCUCCACGCUCGCAAUUGAGUCGUCAUAAUGAUAUCCCCCCCGAGGAUGUUCCAUUUGCAUUCAAAUUCAAGGCUCCAAGCGGCCGCGUGCAUAGAAUUCAAGUCACAGCCAGUCAUGGCCUAGCUGAACUUAUUUCUGCUGUCGCAAACAAAUUGGGAGCGGAAGUUGAUGCUGUCGGAGGUGUAGCAAUAGUAGAGGACGGUAAACUUGGCUCGUCCGGAUUCGCUCUCAGUUAUCUUGACGAUGAGGGUGAUUCUAUAUCAAUCACAACCGACGAAGAUCUCCUGGAAGCAAUUGUUAUCGCCAGAAAUGGUCACCGGGAUAAAGUCGACUUGUUCGUUCAUGAUCCUGAGAAGCCACCAAUGGCUGCAACCUUAGAACCUCAGCCACCUGUCAUCCAAGUAACUACUCCACCAGGAUCAGCUACUAUCCGAAGACGUCGUGUGGUUGCCGAUGAUGAGGAAGAGAGUGAUGACGAACCUCGAGUCAAGUCGAAAUCACGAAAGGCAGCAGCUCCACAACCAGCUCCAGAGGUUAUUCAAGGGGUGCCAAAUGAGCUCUUAUUACCUGGAGCGAUUGUAACUCUUGCAGUUGUUAUUGUCGGAGUAUUUGCAUUGACUCGAAUCACGAGCCGUUAA